AUUUGUUCUUCUUUCCUCUCACUUCCUCUCCUACACCGCCCUGCAAAUUUUCAUAAAUCUCCGGAGACCAAUUGAGAAUCCAUGGCUGAGCGCAUGAACUGAACGAACAACCCCUCCUUCGUUAUCUCUCAAAAUUCCUCUAACUCUAACCCUAAUCGUAGAAAUGAGACCCUUCUCUCCAAAAUCCCUCCUUUCUCUCUCCUCUUCUACUCCAUUACAAUCCCCUCGUCCCUAUGCAAUCCUGAUCUCUCACUUCUCUACAUCUUCGACUCAUCAUCACUCCCUCUCUUACCCCUCGCGCCGCCACGAGGAGGAGUCUCGGAACGUUAGGGUUUCCGUGUGGUGGGACUUCGAGAACUGCCAUUUGCCUGUUGGUGCGAACGUGUUCAAAGUUGCGCAGGCAAUCACUGCGGCGGUUAGAGGCAAUGGUAUCAUGGGUCCUAUCCAUAUCACUGCUUUCGGGGAUACGUUGCAGCUCUCCAGAGCUAACCAGGAGGCGCUUUCUUCUACUGGGAUUAAUUUGACUCACAUUCCUAAUGGUGGAAAGAACAGUGCUGAUAGGUCUCUUCUUGUAGAUCUCAUGUAUUGGGUUUCUAAAAAUCCUCCGCCAGCACAUCUUUUUCUAAUUUCUGGUGAUAGGGACUUCGCCAGCAUUUUACACCGAUUAAGAAUGAACAAUUACAAUAUAUUGCUUGCAAGUACAGAUGCAGUUCCUGGUGUUCUCUGCAGUGCUGCAAGUAUCAUGUGGAACUGGAAUUCUUUGGUUAGAGGGGAAAAUGUCACUGGAAAACAUUUUAACCAACCCCCUGAUGGUCCUUAUGGUUCUUGGUAUGGCCAAUAUCAGGUUCCUCUAGAAGACCCUUUCUCAAUUGUUACACAACCAGCAUGUUCACAGACUGAUGAUCUUUCCGAGCCUAGUUCAGAUCCUAAACUUCGUCCAAUACCAAAGACUGUCAUAAAGCAGAUACGUCAUUUAUUGAGCUUGUACCCUAAAGGAAUCUCCAUAACUGAACUCCGUGCGGAGUUGGGGAAAACUAACUUGAGUCUAGAUAAAGACUUGUACGGAUAUAAAAGGUUCUCUCGUUUUCUUCAGUCAAUGACAGACAUUUUAAGACUUCAGUAUGAACGUGAUGGUCAGUUUCUUGUGCGCGCCGUCCCCUCAAGAGCUCCUGAACCAUUUAACAAUGUAGACCAGGGUCCUAAAACAUCUUUAAAGUACAAUGCUGAGGGAAUAUCUACUGGAUCCAUGAACGAAAAGUCAUCAGUGCCUCCAGCCACUUUACCCGAUGUGAAAAUACCUUCAGGAAAAGUGCCACAGCCCCCUCCUACUGCUGAGAAUACUGUUGAAGUGUUAGCAAAGCAGACUGCAAAAACAGUGUCAGAGCCCCCUCCACCUGCUGAGAAUACUAUCAAAGAAGCUGUGAAGCAGACUACGAAAGAAGUGCAAAAACCCUUACCUGUUGAUAUGAAGGUUCUGGAAGUGAUUAAUACACAGGAAACCAAGGGUAAUUCUUCUCCUAAGGUGGAACAGAAUUCUGCCUCUGAAGUUGGUUUGUUAAAAAGAAUCUGGAAAAGAUGGUUUGGCAGCAAUGCUGGUGGUUCUGGGAUGAAGAGUGGCAACAUUCCGGACAAAAUUAACAUUUCUGAAGGUAGCUCUGAGAAUAUACACAAAACUGCGAGAAAUUGUUGUACUAAUGUCGACACUUCUGAGAAGAUAGAAAAUGGUGAAAGAUGUGCAGAAUUACAAAGACAAAAAGUUGCUGUUAGCCCAGCAAUGCAUUCUUUGUCGGCUAUUGAAUCCACGCUGGACAACAAGACUACUAAAAGUUCUGAAAUACAUGGUGAAAAGUCUAGCACAAGUUCAGGUUUCUUUAGCCGGAUUGUCAAUUGGUGCAAAUUUAGGAGUGGCUCAGACCCUAAUACCUCAAGUGAUCAACACAGUGCAGCGCUGAAUCAAUCAAACAGUUCUGCUGGAAAGCAUGAAAUUUUUGCUCUGAAUUCUUUUUGGGUUGACAUGGAGUCUUUUAUUGGCACAACGAGAGGUUCACUGCUCAUCUUUGGAUCGAGGAGCAGGGAACAGAUGGCACAAAAUUUUCAAAAGAAAGGACCGUCGGUUCUCAAAGCUCUCAGCAAAAGUGAUCUCCUUCAGUUGGUGGAUAUGUUAAUAUCUGAGAGGAAAUGGGUGGAAGAAUGUACCUCUCAGGAAUUUCCAUUCAUGCUCGCACAAUGUUUUCAAAAGAAUUAUUCUUCAGGUGAUUCUCAUGCUUCAAAUGAGUAUUCGUCAGGUGAUUCUCAUGCUUCGAAUGAAUUGAGUUCUAUUUUUCUAGGAACUUCGUCACAGCCUGUCCGGAAAAAAAUACCCGUGGAAGACCAAGAGAAAACAGUUCAUAAUAUACUUCAUGUUGAAGCUGCUUCUCUGACUGGUAAAAAAUCUUCAGACAGGUCUAGGAGUGAGAUUAAAGCUGACUGUCAGAAUCUUCUUAAUGAGGUAUUGAAGAAUCACCCAGAAGGAUAUAAUAUUGGUUCCUUUAGAAAGCUGUUCCGUGACAGGUAUGGUUAUUAUCUUGACCUUCAAAGGCUUGGUUACAAAAAAUUGGUAGACCUGUUGCUGACAAUGCCUGGUGUGAGAAUAGAAUCCACUUAUAUCAUUCCCUCCGGUAAGACCUGGAAAUCUUCCAGGUUAGAUGCUGGUCUUCCAACUGUUCAAGAAAAUAAUGCCCGUGUUGGAUCAGCAUAUUCUAGCAGUGAACUAUCUGAUUCACACUCUCCUUGGGAUGAACUAGGUCCUGUUGAUGACAUGAACUCUGGCAGGAAGAGACCGCAAGGUGUGUCCAUGAAAAAUGUGAAAGAAAGGUAUGCUGAUUAUGGAUCUACCUCCUCUGAUGAUGUUUUCUCAGAUUCAGAUGAAGAGACUUCGGCCGUGAUGCCAAAAGCUCAAGGGAAGCCUACAACAAAUGAGGAAGAUAGCCCGCUAUUGCAAGUCCUGGGUUCAUGGUACAGCAGUAAGGAAGGUGAAAAAGGAGAAGACAACUUUGGAAAUGUUGAUGGCAUGGUUGAUGGUUCUAAAAAUGGUUUGAAGUUGUUUGGUUCAUCUGGAACGAACACCAAGAGUGAAACUUCUUCGGUAGACCACGGAAAAAGCCCUAAACCUCAAAGAACGUAUUCUUUUGUUCAGGAUUCAGUUGAGAAUGAAAAGGACAAGUUGAUCGACAACAUACUAGGUAGUUUGAAGAAAUCUGGCGAUUCAGGGAUGCAAAACUGAAAGAUUGCAAGGCUUGAAACUAUGAAAGCACCAACAUUGUGCUUCCUGGGUCUUUGACUAGAGGCUCGGACAAGUUGACGCAUCUGUUAAUAAAUAUUGGAGAACUUUCAGCUUAUGAUUUAGUAGUUUGAAUAAUGUUACAUGUAUCCAGAUUGCAGUCGCUGAGAUGCUAUGCGACAAGGAGUGGCUCAAAAUUGUUGGGUCAUCAGUUCAAUCAAAGGGACAUUUUCAUUUAUCCAGGUUGGGAGCAGAGUUGGUUGACAAAUGCAUAGCAGGUGCAUCAAUUCAAUCAAAGAAAAUGCUUAUAUAAUCUGGCCACUGACACAGGGAUGAUUGGCACCAUGGAGUAAACUGAUCUAUAUCUGGCAUAAAUUCUGUACAAGUUUGCCACUGAUAGUUCCAGAACUUGCUGUUUCUUCUGCUUGUCUGGCCCGUAAAAUUUAUUUCCUAAUCUCCUUUCUUCUUCUAGUUGUCAUUCCAACCCAUGCAAGCUGGAUACACCACAGGAUGAUUAUGAUGGCAUUUCUUCCCCCUAUCCCCAUGGAUUUUUUGUUUUUUCAUUUGUAGUUGAUGGAGAGAGUUCAAUGAGUACCAUUCAAUUUUAGACUGAAGUUUUACA